AAGGUGGCCGUGUCUUGAAGAAGCGAGGAUAACAUUAGAAGCAGACAUGGAAAGCAAAGCGCAUCGAGUCGACGGCGAUUCCCGUGAUCGAACGAACGGGGAGAGCGAAAGAGCUGACGUCGUGGACGACGCGGAGAAGGAAAAGGAGAAAGCGGGCGGCGGCGGCGAGGAAGGAGAGGAGGAGGAGGAGGAGGAGAUGCCGUUGAUGGCGCUGAACCACGUGUCGAGGCUGUGCAGGUCGGUGAAGGAUUCGAUGGAGUUCUACAGGAAGGUGCUAGGGUUCGUGCUGAUCGAGCGGCCCCAGGCCUUCGACUUCGACGGCGCGUGGCUAUUCAACUACGGCAUCGGCAUCCACCUGGUCCAGUCCCACGACGAGGACCGACUCCCCCCGGAGUCUCACCCUCUGGACCCCAUGGACAACCACAUCUCCUUCCAGUGUGAGGACGUGGGUGCGGUGGAGCACAAGCUGAGCGAGAUGGGCGUAGAGUACAUGAAGAGGAUGGUGAGCGACGACGAGAGCAGGGCGUCCAUCGACCAGCUCUUCUUCACCGACCCCGACGGCUUCAUGAUCGAGAUCUGCAACUGCGAGAACCUCAAGCUCGUCCCCGCCGGCUCUUUGGGCAAGAUCAAGCUCCCCUUGGACCGGCAAAACCCGCCAGUGGAGUCGAACAAGGAGGAGCGCUAGUCAUGAGCACGGUUCGGAGGGGACCUUGGAACCAUCAUCUGUUGUGAAAGGGUGGUGUUGGGAGUGCUUGUUCUUGGGUCGUGUGUCAAGAAAGCUGCAUUGUUUGGAACGUACCUACGUUUCUGUAACCAAAUGUUGGAUUUUC